AGAUAACCUCGGCGGAAGAUUCGGAUUAAUCUCGAAGCCGCGUCACGUGAUCCGGCCGACAGACGAUGAUGAUGUGGAUCUUAUUCAUUUGAUCAUGUUAUUUUAUUAACGAAUCUUGGAAGGUAACGACACGCGUGUUAAAAAAAACAGUACAACAAUGCAUUGGUGGCUGUCAUUUUUCUUCAUUUACUAUACCUGUAUACUAGAAGUUUUAAAAGUUUAUGGGAUUUCGCCUCCACUUCCGUCAUUUCCUUCUCCAAAAAUAAAAACAUCAUCUAAUUUAAAUCCUUGUAAAGUUUGCCAAAACUUUGUGGAAUCAUUUAAUAAGGGUAUGAAAAACACUGCUCGCGGAAAACAUGAAGGUGGUGAUGCAGAAUGGGAAGAGAGUCGCUUGGGAAGCUAUGCUGACAGUGAAGUACGUUUAGUUGAAAUUCAAGAAAAUUUAUGUUCUGAUGUAAAGAUUGGUGAAGAUGAUUGUCAUAAUAUGGCAGAACAGCAUGAAUCAGUCUUGGAAGAUUGGUGGUUUCAUCACAAACAAAGCAUUGCUUUAUUUCAAUAUUUUUGUAUCGAUAACGUGAAAGUUUGCUGUCCCUACAAUCAUUAUGGCCCUACAUGCGAACCUUGUAAUGGUGGAAUUGAAAAUCCUUGUAAUGGUCGUGGCGAAUGUGACGGUAACGGAACAAGAUUCGGUAAUGGAAAGUGCAAGUGUCAUGAGGGUUACCAAGGAGAUCUUUGCGAUCAGUGUACAACCGGUUAUUAUCGAGAUGCCGAUAAACUUGAAUGUAUUGAGUGUCACGUUUCUUGUAAACAGCAUUGUCGAGGACCUGGUCCUUUAGGCUGUGAAAUGUGCAAAGAAGGAUAUCAUCAUGAAACUAAUUCUGGAUGUACUGAUGACAACGAAUGUGUUUCCGCUCCUUGUAAUUCUGGCGAAUUCUGCGUUAACACAGACGGUUCCUAUAAUUGUAAAUUAUGUGAUAUGGCUUGUGAUACGUGCACAGGAGAAGGACCAGACAAAUGCGAGAAAUGUUCACAGGAUUAUGAAAUGACGGACGGAACUUGCGUCGAAAAAGCUAAAGAUGAUGCUGCGAUUACAGACAGUUUGGAAGAAGAAACCACAGAAGAGAGUGAUGGCCACAAUGAAUUAUGACCAUACUUAACUUAGGAUAAUUUCUUUUGUCGGGCAUUCUUACAUUUAUAUGAAACAUCUUGAUUUUCCAAAGAUGCAUUUAUUUUCCAAGCCUCUUUAAUUUGUUAUCGUGCAAGAUGGACUAUUUAUUUUUAUAAAAUCUAUUCUGUUUUGUAUUUUUCUGCGAGUAACUACAUUUAACAUUCUGUAACUUAUCUUUCUGACAAACAGGAACAAACUGUUAACGAUUACAAGGUUUGUUUUUGUUUUGUUUUUAAUUAAUUAUUGAUAAAUUUCUACCAUAUUUAAAUGUUUAUAUUAGACGUUUCACAUUUUAAAUAUGACAAAUU